CGCGGCGGAGUGAGGCGCCAUGUCGCGGCGGCGGUGGCGGGGUCCGCAGAGCGCGGAGGGCAGCGGCCGCGGGGGCGAGAUGGGGAAGAUGGCGGCGGGCGGCGGCGGUGGGGGCGGCUCGGGUCGCUACUACGGUGGGGGCGGCGAGGGCGGCCGCGCUCCUAAGCGUCAGAAGACGGAGAACGCGGAACCGCCGCCGCACGGGCCUGGCGGGCCGGGGGGAGCUGGCGGCGGGCCUGGCGCUGCCGGAGCGGAGAACUACGACGACCCUCACAAGACGCCCGCCUCCCCCGUGGUGCACAUCCGGGGGCUGAUCGACGGCGUCGUGGAGGCCGAUCUCGUGGAGGCCCUUCAGGAGUUUGGCCCCAUCAGCUACGUGGUGGUGAUGCCCAAGAAGAGACAAGCCUUGGUGGAGUUUGAGGAUAUCCUCGGCGCCUGCAACGCCGUUAAUUACGCAGCCGACAACCAGAUUUAUAUCGCUGGCCACCCCGCCUUCGUCAACUAUUCCACCAGCCAGAAGAUAUCCCGCCCCGGGGACACGGAUGAUUCCAGGGGCGUCAACAACGUCCUGCUCUUCACCAUCCUCAACCCCAUCUACUCCAUCACGACGGACGUGCUGUACACCAUCUGCAACCCCUGCGGCCCAGUGCAGAGGAUCGUUAUCUUCAGGAAAAACGGCGUCCAGGCCAUGGUGGAGUUUGACUCGGUGCAGAGCGCCCAGCGAGCCAAGGCGUCCCUCAACGGGGCCGACAUUUACUCCGGGUGCUGCACGCUGAAAAUCGAAUACGCCAAGCCAACGCGCCUCAACGUCUUCAAGAACGACCAGGAUACCUGGGACUACACCAACCCCAACCUCAGCGGACAAGGAGACCCGGGCGGCAACCCCAACAAGCGCCAACGGCAGCCCCCGCUCCUGGGAGACCACCCCGCGGAGUACGGUAUGGCGUCCUUGCGACGGGGCGGGGGGGAGAGUCACGGGAGGGGGGGUCUCCAACCCUCUCCCUGCGCAGGAGGACCCCACGGCGGAUACCACGGGCACUACCACGACGAGGGCUACGGCCCCCCGCCACCCCACUACGAAGGGAGAAGGAUGGGACCUCCGGUGGGGGGGCACCGCCGGGGACCCAGCCGGUACGGCCCCCAGUACGGUCACCCGCCGCCGCCACCGCCGCCGCCGGAGUACGGCCCCCACGCCGACAGCCCCGUCCUCAUGGUCUACGGCUUGGAUCAGUCCAAGAUGAACUGCGACCGCGUCUUCAACAUCUUCUGCCUCUACGGAAACGUGGAGAAGGUCAAGUUCAUGAAGAGCAAGCCGGGGGCAGCCAUGGUGGAGAUGGCGGACGGUUACGCCGUGGAUCGGGCCAUCACCCACCUCAACAACAACUUCAUGUUCGGGCAGAAGCUCAACGUCUGCGUUUCCAAGCAGCAGGCCAUCAUGCCCGGACAAUCCUACGGCCUGGAGGACGGAUCCUGUAGCUACAAGGACUUCAGCGGCUCCCGCAACAAUCGCUUCUCCACCCCCGAGCAGGCGGCCAAGAACAGGAUCCAGCACCCCAGCAACGUCCUCCACUUCUUCAACGCGCCCUUGGAGGUGACCGAGGACAACUUCUACGAGAUCUGCGACGAGCUGGGGGUGAAGCGCCCUUCCUCGGUCAAGGUCUUCUCUGGGAAGAGUGAACGCAGCUCCUCAGGGCUGCUGGAGUGGGACUCCAAGAGCGACGCCCUGGAGACCCUCGGCUUCCUCAACCACUACCAGAUGAAGAACCCCAACGGGCCGUACCCCUACACGCUGAAACUCUGCUUCUCCACCGCCCAGCACGCCUCCUAACUGGGGACCCCCACCCCGCGGGUGGUUCCCCCCCCAAAAAAAAAACCCCUCUGUUUGUUUGUUGUUUUUUUUUUUAAAAAAAAAAAACUAAACUUCAGGAGUGACCACCCAGCGACACCCCCACCCACCCCUUUACCCCCCCAUUUUUAAGGAGAAUGAUUGUACAUGUGCUCGGUCGUCGUGCCCCCCCCCCCCCCCCCCCCCCCCCGCCCUCGCGCCUUUCAAUAAACUCGUUUGGAAAACAC